AUGUAAUUAAAAUAAAGAAAGAGAAUUGAUAUCUCAGAUGAUCGUAUUUAUUUAACAUCCACGGAUUAGCUCUCUUUUUCAAUGAUGAACCAAUACUCAAAUUGAGGAAGUUCAAGCUUAAGAAAUUGACCGAAUUAGAGGGUCUGAUGCAUCAAUAAAGUUAACGUAGAGAAUCAUUUAACUAAAAUUUCAAGCACAAUAAGUUAUAUUAACAACACAAGCAUCAAUCACUUGAUCAAGGCAAGAUGAUUGAUUAUGUAAAAGUUUAGAACAGAGAGUAAUGACCAAAUAUGAUUUCAUAGGUUAAACUAAGUGAAAUUACAAUAAAAACUAUUGAACCGUUCCCGUAUUCUUCAAAAUGAACCCUAAAAAAAUAAUGAUAAGAAUUUACCUUUCGUUGAGGUACUUCUAUACAUUGACUAUUACUUUAGUAAUACCUUUUCAGGAAAACAUUUAACAACAUCAUCAAAAAAUCUCGUCAUAAACACGAGAACAUCAAAGCAUCCCUGAAGAAGGUUGAAACUCUUUUGAGUGGGAUUGAGACUACACGAGAUCAAUACCCUCUGCUUUCACCCAUUGUUCAAACGAAACACACUCAGGUCAAGACAUGCAGAAAUGAAGAUAAUUCAACUCGCACUAUCAAAUCUCAAUUUCUUAAUGUAACCGAAUCUCCAACAGCCAGAGAUAGAUCCUCGUCUCUUAAAUACACCAUUGAGUAGAACAAUGAAAUUCGAAGUAACUUGAAUAUAUUAUUUUACAUCGUAGACAUGAGGAGAGCCAAAGUAAAGGAAAUUAUUUACAAAACCGAGGAAACCAGAGAGCGAAGUAUGGCAGCUGUAAGAUAAUUGUAAUUUUACUAGAAACUAUCAGUUUAUAGUGAAAAACCAGAUAGCAUCCAGCCAACAAAAAAAUAAUUAUAAUAGCUUCGUUUUAAGUGGGUUAGGAAAUUAAAAUAUAAAAUUGAAUUGCAUAACAAUUAAAUGAGAUAAUUCAUGGAUUUCUUGGAUUAUCUCAAAUCAUCUGAAAUAAAAGUAACAAAUGAUGAUCACCAUUAUUUAAAAUACUAUCGAGAUAAAUUAUUAAAUGGCGAUCAUCUUGUCGACCACGAUUUUUAGCUCAUGAUCAACGAUGAAAAGACUAAUGUUAUUGGCUAAUUAAUCAGAGAUUCAAUAGCCAUUGAAAAUUGA